CCCCGCAUCUCCAUGGAAACGGACCGCACUUCCGCUGAGCUAUAGGCGGGCGAUGGCGGCCGGGGAGCCGGGGGAUUUGGGCGGCUACUACUUCAGAUUCCUGCCUCAGAAAACCUUCCAGUGUCUGAGCACCCCCGAGACCACCAGCCGGCUCCGCCAGUGGUCCAUGCUGGGCAGAGUCGCGGCGCAGGCGUUCGGCUUCGACCAGACGUUCCAGGCUUACCGCAAGGACGAAUUCGUCAUGGCUUUCUUCAAAGACCCAAAUGUCAUUCCCAAUUUGCAGUUACUUUCAGAUUCUUCCGGACAGUGGACCACAUUAGGAACUGAAGUGAAAAAAAUUGAAGCUAUAAAUGUCCCUUGUACACAGCUUUCAAUGUCAUUUUUUAACCGGUUGUAUGAUGAAGAUAUUGUACGAGACAAUGGACAUAUUGUUAAAUGCUUAGAUUCUUUUUGUGAUCCCUUUCCUAUUUCUGAUGAGUUACGAAAAAUGUUGCUCGUGGAAGACUCCGAAAAGUAUGAAGUAUUCAGCCAACCUGAUAGAGAAGAGUUUCUGUUCUGUCUUUUCAAACAUCUUUGCCUCGGUGGAGCCCUUUGUCAGUAUGAAGAUGUGCUUCACCCAUACCUGGAAACCACGAAGCUCCUCUAUAAAGAUCUAGUGAGAGUUACCUGGAAUGGUCCGAACAACUUGCUUAGAGUCAAUGUGGGAUCGAGCCUCAGAAAUCAGCACAGUGUUCGAAAGAAUCCUCAGACCAAGAAAAUACAAAUUACUUCUUCCGUCUUUAAAGUCACAGCAUAUGAUGGCGCUGGUGUGUGCUACCCUUCGACGAAGAGUCACGAACAGACAUUUUCUUAUUUCAUUGUGGAUCCGAUCAAGCGUCAUGUUCAUGUUUUAUACCACUCUUAUGGUGUGGGGGAAAUGUCUUAACAGGUUCUUUCAGAUUAUCUAUUUUGAUAUUGUUUUAUUUACCAAUUUUAAUUUUAAUGCCAAUUUAUAGGUAAACAUUUACUUUGCAAGUCAAUUCAAGUAAAAUAUAGAGAACCUACUUGGAGCAGAAGGAGACAAGUACCAAGAUGCCUUUCUUUAAAUGUGUCUGGAAUAGUAACGUGAGGACCAGAUUCCAUCCCGAACACAAUCUACACCAGUACAGUCUUGGAAUUUUUGCACAAAGUUACAAAGAACUAAAAAUCCAGUUCAUAUUUGUUGCAUUAAGAUUUAAGUAAGCCCUCGAUUUUCCAUGUGUUUUAUUUUAGAAGCUAAUUAAUUCUGGGUUGAAAUUGUGGCAGAAAACUGAAUGUCACUCUAUCGAUCAUUAAUAUGAACUGUUCGCUUUUCAAAUUUGAGUUUCAUUUCAUUACAUUUCUUCAUUGCAUAAAGAUUUACGUUUCUAGGGCUGUAAAGUGCAUAACAAUUCCUUUGCUUCAUUUGUUCCACUUAAAAUCCUCAAUAAAACAGUAAUGUUCUGAAAGUAA